AUGGAAUCCUCCGUUGGGGCGAGCACAUCAUCGUUCGAUCCCGAGAUGUCGGACAGACUCACCAUGAGCUGUCCUCCGGAAACGGUUGCGGAUUUCGAGCCACUUCCCUUCAAAAUAGAGCGACCAGAAAGACCAGGAGAAGUGAGAUUGGUUCAGUAUUGUUCUACACCCAUAUCGAAUUCAUGGCGCAUUCCUCAGCGAUUGAUCAACGCCAAGAGCUUUAUUUUAUCCUUUUGUACCUCAGUUUUCUGUGUUAUGGAGGUUUUUUUGACUUGUAGGAUGGUCUUACCUGUUAAUUUGGAUAAGCUAAGAAGUCGGGAAAAGAAGUGGAUUCACAUGUUAGAGAACUGGAGGUAUUUUAUGGAUGAAAAGAAAGGAAUCCCUCCGUCCAUUCGUGGAAAAGCUUGGAAAUACCUCUGUGGUGCCACCUACCAAAUGGAGGUGUCUGUGAACAGAACUGUUUUUGACCGAUGUUUAAGGCAACCUGGUGACCCCAAAUGGAUAGAUGAUAUUGAAAAGGAUCUUAACCGACAGUUUCCAAAUCACGAGUUGUUUUCACGAAGCGGCAAAUUCGGUGACGCAGGGAAAGAGGACUUGUUUCAACUUCUAAAGGCGUGGACGGUCCUUCAUCCAGAGGAAGGAUAUUGUCAAGGGCAGGCACCUGUUGCUUCGGUUCUGCUAAUGCAUAUGCCAUUGAGGGAUGCGUUCUACUGUUUUGUGCAGAUCUGCCACAGAUAUCUUACAGAUUACUACAGUCCUGGCUUAGAAGCAGUUCAAGUAGAUGGAGACAUCCUCGUUCAACUUCUCAAAGAAAAAUCACGGAUUAGCUACCAACAUUUGAAGCAAAAUGUUGACCCUGUUUUGUACAUGGUCGAAUGGUUCAUGUGCGUGUAUUGCCGCACACUUCCAUGGCCGACUGUGCUUCGGGUUUGGGACAUGUUCUUAUGCGAAGGUGCUAAGGUACUAUUUAAAGUUGCUGUUGUGCUAUUCAAAUAUGGACUGGGCACAAAGGAGCAGUGUAAACAGUAUCCUGAUCUGCAUUCGAUUGUCACACGCCUUAGGAACUUGCCUCAACAAAUAACGACAGAAGACUUUUUAGUCGAAAAGGUAUGUCAACUGAACCUGAACGAUGCCGACCUCGAAAAAAUACAUUUUAGAGCUUUGAAGUUACGGCAGAUUAAAAUUGCACAGAAAUAG